AUGAGGGCAACUGACACCGCUCUAGCCCGAUUCUAUGGUCCGCCAAAAAUCCAUAAAGCAAAUGUCCCACUUCGGCCAAUCGUUGCCCUAAAAGGCAGCCCCACCUACAAUUUGGCAAAGUGGAUGUACUCAAAACUGAAGUUCCUCCAAGGCAAUUCGACUACCUCAGUUCGAUCAGCCUCUCAAUUCCUCAUAGACCUCCGAGGUCGGAAAAUUCAAUCGGACGAAAUCAUGGUCUCCUUCGAUGUGACGUCGUUAUUCACAUCUAUCCCACCAAACGUGGCCCGCGAAGUCUUGCGCAAGAGACUUGAAGAGGCGUACGAUGAGACUCAGAAUGCCCUCAAAAUUGAACACCUCAUGAGGCUGUUUGAAUUCUGCCAUCAAACUUUCUUCACUUUUGCGGGAGAGACCUAUGAACAAACCAAGGGAACCCCAAUGGGCUCACCGGUCUCCGGUUUGGUGGCAGAACUGGUCCUACAGGAGUUGGAAAAGAUUGCCUUCCUCCAACAUGAACCGGUGUUUUGGCGACGUUACGUAGACGACACGUUCGUCAUCGUAAAGAAGGACAUGCUGCAACAUUUUCACAACCUGCUCAACGCAGUCUUCCCGGAUAUAAAAUUCACGAGAGAAGAAGAACAGGAGCAGCAGUUGCCCUUCCUGGAUGUGCUCGUCAGACGAAACCUUAACGGUGAACUUGAAACGACGGUUUAUAGGAAGGCAACGAACACCACACAGCUUCUCAGUUUUCACAGCAACCAUCCGGUGGCUCACAAACGAAGCUGUGUGAAGACGCUCUUCAAACGGAUCCAAACUCAUUGCAGCAAACUGGAAGAUAGAGCGCGUGAGGCCCGUUAUCUCGGCGACCAGUUUGUGCAAAAUGGCUAUCCGAGAGCAUUCAUAAGUCGCUGCCUACGCGGUCGCCACCAGAGAACCCAAACAUAA